CAGGCCUAGUUGUUAUAAUAUCAGAACUUCUGAAUCAUGUUCACAACAGAAGCCUGUCUAUAAUUCCCGACCACAGCGUUAUCUGGCUGUUGGUGGGAGUGGCACUAAUACAUUUAUUUUUCUUCCUGGAGAAAUCCAAAUCCAGCGGAAACAUUAUAAAUAGAUCCGAGGCAGACAGUUUAUGCGAGAAAACCCUCCAUCUUGCCAGAGUGGAGGCUGUUCUGGAGAGAGCAAAUGGAAUGAAUUCUUCCGAGAAGUUUGUGCAAGACUGGUCAGAACUUACUGGAAACAUUACAACCAGCAGACACCACAUAUUGAGAGCAAAUGUGUGCAAUCUCUCUCCUGAAUGAUAUGCAAUACUGCAGUAUACUGGCUCUUAAUUCCUUAUCUGUUUUUGUACCUGGAAGUGGCAUUUCUUUCUGUCACGCUUUAAUAAGAGCUAUCCAUUCUCUUCUGCUUAUCUCAAACUUGGGGUAAUAGGUAACGGAAGGAUAUAUAGUACCUGCACAGUGACACUAACCAGCUCAUUAUGGGGGACAGAAACCUGUUGCCAGAGCAGAAGGGAUACAUAGUCCCUCCAGUGUAUCCUACGUUGUACCCACAAAACUUCUAAAGAAAAAUGCACAGGAGGCAUCCUGAUCUGAUGGCUAAACCACCUCAGCUAACUCCUGUUGAGGCUUAGAAGCUCCUGCUUCCAUCAGAGGAUUGAGAUUUUAUCCUAUCUUAAACAGAGCCAAGCCCAUGUCCACCACUGGUAUCUGAGAUCUCGUUCUUUUUGUCCAUCUCAUUAACCUUGGUCAGGGUUGGCAAGGUAAACAGGCUGGUAAAUUGAGACCUUUGAUCUCAAUGUGCUUUUACUGUCUCUUUUGGCAGCCGCUACGGAGCAAAGCACAUCUUUGAAUCCAUGACAAAUUUUCCCCUAUGGGACGACAAAGUAUAUGAUCUUCUAUUCAAUGCCUGCAGUGCGGCAGAUGAACACCAGUCCAUUGGUCCAUCUUCCGCUCCAUUCUGCCAUCACCCAUGAACAACAUUUUCCCGUAAGGCAAAGAUGACAUGGAGGGAACAAUCAACAUUUUUCCAGCAGUUAACCAUGACUUCAGACAUCUGCAAAAACUCAAAGAUAAGAGCCUGAGUUUCCCUGACCAGAAACCAUGAAUACACCUUGAGAUAACGUCUACACCCAAAACAAAUCUGCUAUAAGGGGCAGCUUCUGUUCGAUCAUACUGGACCCUUCGGUUCUUCAUCAGUCAUAGCAACAGCUUCCUUUACUGCUGGUAAGUUCAGAAAUCACUUUUGUUUUUAUUUAGCCUGUCACAUAAAAUCCCCCUCAAAAAAUGCUUAGAAGUUUGAGAUUGUACCACCAUUACAAAACAUGAGAUAUUCAAGAGGUGCCAAUACUUGCCAGGCGCAGUUUUAGUAUCCAAGUCUGGCCAUGUCAGUAAAGCCCGUUGACCUAAGAGGGAACAAAUUGAAUUCAUUUACAUACUGGACACGAUGAGGGAAAGGGGGGGUGGGAGGGGAGGCACAAUAGGAGAGAGAACAAGACACAUCAGAGAGAAUGAGGGCCAGCCAAUACAAUGCAAGGGAAAGACACCCUGGGUAAAGAGAGAGAGAGAGACAGAGAGAGAGAUAGAGAGAGAGAAAGACUCAGAGAGAGAGAGAGAAAGGAGAUCCCCGCUGAGAGGAAGAGAGGCUGCAUGUGGAAAGCUGAGAGCAGAGCAAAAGCGGAGACGCAUUCAGCUCUUGGCCACCACGGAAGACGACAACAACUUGCCGACUGACAACACUCUUCUGGAGAAUCGAGAGCUCUUCAGUCAGCCGCGUGGUUCUCUACCUUCUUCCUCCACUUCUUUGAAAUUGUUUUAGGAAAGUGACGAGACAUGGGAAUGUGCCACGUGGGAAACAUGAAGGUUCGCACAGGAACGUUCAGGUUGUUGGCGGACGUGGAUGGAGAGUGAGAGUGACUGACAUUUUCCACUGAGGUACGGAUCUGGAAAUGAGUAGGAAAAACAUGGAAUACUUCAGAUUCCUUGGAGGGCUGACCUUCAUUUUGGUUAAAAAGAAGCAGUGAAAUGUUUUGUUCUUCUUAAGGGAGAGGGGAAAGUUAGUGACACAUGGACAAAACCAUGUUGAAUGUAAUCAUGAUCACCGUCCAUCCCCGUCAGCUGCUCAUGCCAUCUCACAGGUGUGGGGACAAGUUGGGGUGAGGAAGCUUUUUAGGAAAUUCCACCCAGCUUUUUACGAUAAAGUUUUUUUCUCCAAAGUGCAGAUUUUGUCCUCAGGAAGCAACAUAUUUGCCGGAAAAAUUGUCAAGACAGAAAAUUCCAAUUUUUAAGAACACAGAGCUAAUAUUUUUAACAUGAGCGCUGCUUUGACAAGCUCAGACUUCAAGGAUGUGAAACCUGCGACUUCCAUUCAAAAACCUUCCAUGAGGUUCUUCUUUUUCUUCUCUCUUUUUCAUGAAGACACUAGUCCCAGGUUUGGAUUUGGUUAUUUUCAGUAACUGAAGCACUUCUGUCUCGUUUGUUUUUUGCUCAUUUUUCCAGACCCUUGAGACACACAGUGACGGUAUCACCCAAGCAAUUUAAUUUUUACGCACGCCCUAUUGUCCUUUAAGAUCAAACAGCUGCUCUUUUCUGUCGCUCUCAAUUCAGCUGUCUGCUAUUUUUAUUUCCCUCUGUGGAGGAUCAUCUGUUGAUCCUGACAGACAUUUCAAGGCUUCAGUUCCCUUGGAGGUGCUGGAAUACCCAAGACACGUGUUGCAUUGAAGGGUACCUCAUAAAUCAAGAGACACUUGGCGAUGCUUUACAGUAUUUUACAAGAAAAUGCUUCUUAAAGUUUGAAUUCCCUUACUCCAGUCUGGGCUGUUCAUCUUUAGAGGCACUGGGGUGAGACUAUGAACCUGCCUGGUGGCAAUAUGUCCGAGUUGAUCUCUAACACCAUCAGGACCUUCAGUGCUCUGGAGUCUAACCCUUGGCCUUCGCCUUUGCCCGAUAACUUGACGCACUUCAGGUGUCAGGGGAGCAACCUCGCCCGCAAUGGCAUCGAGACGCAAGUGGCAAACUGGUCCCAGCACGGUGGCGUGGUGGACUUCGGAUCUCGCUGCCUUCACGCCGAGUCGCGGGUGGAGAAGAACUGGCCGGCGCUUCUGAUUUUGGUCGCCAUUGCCGUCACGGUCAUGGGCAACAUCCUGGUGAUCCUGGCGGUUUCCCUGGAGAAAAAGCUGCAGAACGCCACUAACUACUUCUUGAUGUCACUGGCUGUGGCUGAUAUGCUCCUCGGCAUCUUGGUGAUGCCGGUCUCCAUGGUGACCAUUCUCUACGAUUACAAGUGGCCCCUUCCCUCCGAACUCUGUCCGAUCUGGAUCUACCUGGACGUCCUGUUCUCCACGGCGUCCAUCAUGCAUCUCUGCGCCAUUUCGCUGGACCGCUACAUCGCCAUAAGGAACCCCAUCCACCACAGCCGCUUCAACUCCCACACCAAGGCACGCAUCAAGAUCAUGGCGGUCUGGACCAUUUCAGUGGGCAUCUCAAUGCCGAUUCCCGUGCUGGGACUCAGAGACCACUCCAAAGUGUUUAAAAAUGGAAACUGCCUGCUGACAGACGACAAGUUUGUUCUGGUGGGUUCCUUCAUCGCCUUCUUCGUUCCGCUAACCAUCAUGAUUGUCACCUACUUCCUGACCAUCCAUGCCCUGCAGAACGAGGCCACGCUCUGCUUGGACCAGCUCGUCCCGCGGCCCAAAUGGAGCACCACGUUCACGCUGAGCUUCUUCCCUCAGAGCUCCCUGUCCUCCGAGAAACUCUUCAGGCGCUCCAUUAGCCGAGAGGCCGGUGGGAGAGGAAGCGCCGGUGGUCUCGGCGGCACCCGGGAGAGCAUCUCCGGGUCGGUGUUCGGUCGACGCACCAUACAGUCCAUCAGCAACGAGCAGAAGGCGUCCAAGGUGCUGGGAGUUGUGUUUUUCCUCUUCGUGGUCAUGUGGUGCCCGUUCUUCAUCACCAACGUGCUGAUGGUCGUGUGCCACCAGAACAUUUGCCACCCGGAGGUCAUGGAGGGUCUGCUGAACAUCUUUGUCUGGGUCGGGUACUUGUCUUCGGCCGUCAACCCGCUGGUCUACACACUUUUCAACAAGACGUACCGCACAGCUUUCAUGCGGUACAUCCGCUGCCAGUAUCAGCCAGAGAAGAAGCCUCUCCAGCUCAUACUGGUGAACACCAUCCCGCCUCUGGCCUUCAACUCCACCCAGCUGCCACUGGGCGACAUGGGGAGGUUACGCAACGGAACGACGCACGGUGAGACGGAAGGACGGGAAUUCUCCCUGCCAGGGAAGGAAACGGAGAAGUGCAAACAGGGCAAAAGCCAAAGAGACAAAGACGAGAGCAGCGUGUGAGGAAUAUCAAAGAAAACCCUUUGAUAGAGGCAACUCUACACACGUAAGACAAAGGCCUAGACUUCAUCUGUUUGGUCUUUUUGAGUGAAGUGUUUGUUUGCUGAAGGUACAGAGACUGUCCCUACCAAUUCAAAGUGUAGAGAGUUGAAAUCUUGUUGUCGUACCAAUCAAAAAGGCACAAGACACUUAUUGCAUUUUUAAAAUGUUCUCAACAGCUUCAGUAAGUGCACAAUACUAACAUUUGAUCAAUCGACAAGACCUGGAGCAACUGAAGUAAAAGUUCAUUUUCCAAAAUGACGAUUGCAAAUUCAAAAUUUCAAUUUUAAAUCUCGCUGAUUUCUAAUUACAAACUUCCACUUAAAGGAAGAAAUUUACUCUUAGCCACUCGGCCACAACGAAAGAUGUCACUUUUACAAAAAAAAAUAAAAAAGUAUUUUUGUGUAAUUUCUCUUCCCUUGGGCACUCACCUGCAGUAAACCCAGCAGCUCGUUCACUCUGCCAGCUGCCUGGCAUCCCACCUUCCAUCAAACUGCACCUCUGGGUGGAUCAGAGGGGAUUAUAUUGGAUUUGCUCCCACUUCGAGGAACGAAGGUGUCAGAGAGGGAAAACCUGGCACACCUUGAGUCAAAACACUCACAAAGAUCAGAUUAAGCUGCCAAAAAAGAAGAAAACUUUCUGCCUCUGUUUUGUUGAAACUCUGUAUGAAUAACGUUAAAAGGUUUAUAUUUUCAAGCGUGAAGAUGAUUGUUGCAUCGUAUUGCUGAUAUGAAGACUGCAAACUGAGAUUAUAUAACAGCAGGAAAUGAAGAGGGUUUAAAUGUUGAUGUAUCCCCUUGUAAAAGUCACAGCUCAUAUUGUGUUCUUACCAAACUAUGGGUGCACAUUUUGAGUUGUUUCAGUCAUGACACAUUGUGUUCAGUGCUCUGAUAGGUGGCUACCACAUGUGAAAACUUUUGUAUGAAAAUCUGUGAAUAUGGAACUGCUGCGAAAGACUGAAUUAAAUGACUCGAUGAUGCAGGAUGUGGAGUCCAGGCCAGAGUUGGACAUUGUACAUCAUCUUCUGGGACUUGAAGCUACGUCAGCGUAGCAGGGCCAUUGUAGAUAGAAAAAAGGAGUACAUUUCCUC